UGCAAUAGUCUGUUAAUUAAGGUAGAGCAAUCAAUUUAGCAUUGAUCAAUUUUGUUAAUUAAGUCUUUCAUGUAGCUGCAUAGAAGAAAAAGCUUUUUCCACUUUACCUACCAUAUGUAUGGAUGAUAGGGCACAUCUGUUGAAAUAUUGUGUGAUGACAUCAUGAGCUCGUGGGUGUUCCUGCUACUGUUUGUGACUCUGUCGUCUGCUGACCAUUCUCGUCAAAAUGGCUGCUCGCGGACCGUGGAUGUGGCCAUCAUAGGGGCGGGGCCCAGCGGGGCCUAUUCAGCCUACAAACUUCGCGACGCUAAAAAAGCUGUUGAAGUCUUCGAAUUCUCCAACCGUGUGGGCGGGAGGCUGUACACGACAACCCUGCCCAACGCCCCAGGUCUCCUGCUGGAGGCAGGGGGGAUGAGGUUCAUACCUGAAGUUCACGUCAGAGUCGAGGAGCUGUCUAAGGCACUGGGACUGACAAAGGAACCGUUUACCUUAAAUCACGGGAAUUCAGCCAAUGCCCUCUAUUACCUGAGAGGGAGAACUCUGACCUCAGCACAGGUCAGCGGCGGCGACGUGCCCUACAACCUGAGUCCUGAGGAAAAGGCGAACCAGGGGCGUUUGUUUAGAUACUACCUGGAGAAGAUGACUGGGUACAACGGCACACAGGUGACGCAAGACAUUCUAAUGCAACUUAAACUCGCGGACGGUCGCUACAUGUACAAAGUACCAUUCGACGAAGCUUUUGACACCGUGGCGACAUCAGAAGGGAAAGCUUUUCUGCGGGCUAUCGCACGCUUUGAGUUUGUCGGUGCCCCCGACACGUCCCCGCUUCCAAUUUUUGAGAAUAACCUGGGCCCUGAUAGUGGUGACUUCGUGGUGCAGACGAUUAAAGAGGGCAUGAACGCCAUACCGGUCAAGCUUAUCGACAAGUUUCUCCAGGCUAACAAAGGACACAAGCUAAACCUCAACAGACGUCUGGUGUCAAUCAGGAAAUGGCAAGACAGCUACGUCCUUGAACUUGUGCACACAAACACACAGAAUGGCUACACGUUUGAAAUGCUUGGCAGAGAUCUUGUUUGUGCCGGGAAAGUGAUUUUAGCUGUACCGAAAUUUGCUUUAAAAAAAAUUGAUUGGAGCCCUCUCAGAGACAAGAGAGUCGAUGACGCCAUCAACGCAGUCAGGGAAGUUCCGGUCAGCAAAGUCUUCAUGACGUUCUCGCGACCCUGGUGGCUGGAGAGUGCACCCCACGCCAGCUCCGUCAUGUUUUCUGACCAGGCAUUCAGUCAAGCCUACGACUUCGGGAGAUCCAACGUAACUGGAGUCUACGCUCUGCUGGCAAGUUACGCUGACGACAGUAAAUCGAGCAGGCUGCUAGCUCUCAACACUAAGGGGAAUCUUCUAGCAGGCUCGGCCCCUGGCGCACAGCGGGUCAAGACACCAAUGGCCGAGCAACUUCUCACCGACCUGGCCAAAGCCUACGGCAUGAAGAGAGACCAGAUCCCAGCGCCUCUGACGUCACUGUCUCAGUUCUGGGUGUCUUAUCCUUUUGGUUGUGGCUUUGUCGUUUGGAGAGCAGGAUAUAGGUAUGAUGACGUCAUCUCAACCGUUCAACACCCGUCACUGACUGACGACGUGUUUGUGGUUGGGGCAGAUUACACCAAAGGUUAUCGCGUGGGCUGGUCUGAAGGUGCCCUUUCCACUGUCGACAGGGUUUUUUCUCUCUAUUUUAACUGAUCAUCUAAUCCUAAAAAAAAGCUCCAUGUUUUUGGUCAAAUUUAUAAAAUUUGAAAUAUUUUAGACAAUUCUAUCACAUUUGAAAUAUUUUGGACAAUUCUAUCACAUUUGAAAUAUUUUGGACAAUUUUGUUAAACCUAACAUGAAAUUCAAUAAAGCGGGAGUAAUUACCAUAA